AACGGGCUUCCGUACCUACGAGGUUUGUUGUUAGCUCACAUUAGCUGUUAGCAUAGGUCGUUAGCUUCGUGCGGCCGUGAGCUUCUGUUAGCCGUUAGCUUCUGUUAGCUUCGCCUCGUAGAUAUCGUUUGUGUUCGCCGGGUGGUUGAUCUCAGCCGUUAGCUUCUGUUAGCCUCUUUUAGCCGCAAGCUCCAUUAGCUGUCAGUCUAUCUUAGCAGUUAGCUUCAGUUAGCUUCAGUUAGCUUCAGUAGUGCAACACGAGGGCAGAGGGGACACGUGACUUUGUGUUGAUCACUGAGCUGAAGAUGGCCCCUCCCCCUCGGACCAGCAGGCUGCUGAAGGCCCUGGUGGCAGUGGAGCUGCUGGGACUCUGUGGAGCUUAUGGUUUGUUUCACAUGAUGAACAACAGCAGAGAUUUCAGAAACACCGUGAACAGAAGGUUUCCAUCGAUUCUAGAAGUGUACUACCAGUCCAACGAGUGGGCGGGGGUGAACGGGAUCCGAGAGAGAGACCACGAAGCCUGGUCGACCAAGCAGGACUGAAGCCGUCCGUCUCUACGAAGUCCACAUUUACAGUCCGUUACUUCUUCCUCUUCUUGUUCCCGAACGUCCUGCCUCCCGUCCUGGCUCGGCCGAACGUCGUCUUCUUCUUGUUGAACACGGUCUUCUUCUUACGAAGCGUCUUGGCGUCACGUCCGU